UAAUUUGAACCGAAUCCACUAAUUUGAAGGGGUGUCCACAUACUUUUGUAUACAUAGUGUAUGUAUCUAGCUUUUUUCGCACCAGAAAUGAAAGCUAGAUAGAGAUGUAGCUUAGCCUGCAUAAUGGGAAACAAUCAUUGUUGAUUCAAUUCCUCUUCUCUUUGAGUAAACCAAAGCAAAGACGCAUUUCUAGUCCUCUAGAUAUGUGCUUUUGUGGUGGUGGACUAUACAGGAAAUGGUAGCUUGACCUAAAUGAGGCCACAAAAACAGUAGGCCUGCUGUCCAAAUUCCUGCACUGUAGUGUACAGUCAGAACAGAACUACGUUUUUUAAAAAGUUGUUUUAUAGUUCUAACCUGGGGCUAUGAGUUGGUUGGCAUGUAUGAUCUGUUUGUUUCAUCAACAAUUUGCAAGUGAUUCCAAUAAGCAAGAAUGCAAUCCUCAGGUUAUUUCAAUUGUGAUUUAUGACAGGUGUGAGUUUCUUUCAGGAUAAUUAUAACUGUGCCACUCUGCAGUGAAGUAGUAUAAACAGGAGGUCAGUGUUUUUAAGUACAGUAGGCCAUACUGUGAAAUAAAAUGUCAGUACUAGACGUCUCACAUCACGACACUUCUCUUUACCCCUCCCUGCAAGCAAGCAAUAAAAAGUGCCACAUGACCUGUGUAGGAGGAAGUAGCAAGUUAGCAACAAGCCCCGUAUCCAGCCGAAAUCCAGAUCUCUCUCGCGACUGUAUAAAUCGGGUAGAAGAAAUUGAGAAAAAAUAUAAAUUAAACAACAUGUUCUUAAAACUUGUGUACAUUACAUUGGUCCUCGCAUUGGUGAGUGCAACAACAGCUGCAGGCGUAGUUGAUGGAUGUGCUGCACUUGCUUGUGAUGUAUGUGCUGGUGACUGUCAAUGGGUGAACUGCACAUUUACAGCAACUCCAGAUGUGUCCAAUGUCUCCUGUGUCAACGUCACAUCCAUAUAUGGUCAGAACAUGACCGUGGGCACCUGCUCCAAUGAAACCUGCUCAGUGCAGCCUUUUAGUCCAAGUCCAACCAAACCCCCUACCCCCACCACGGCUGCUAUCCCUACCCUCACCCCUAUGGUCAGCAACACAACUAACAGCAGCACCCCUGAGCCCACCACAGCUAACCUGACGACUGCAGGACCAACCGCCUUGCCCACUAACAGCACCGUCACAGUCUCUGCCUCAACGACUGCUUCAAACGGCACCGUCUCACCAGUGGGGCCCUCUCCUGCACCUCAUAAGAAUUCAACGUUUGACGCAGCAAGCUUCAUUGGGGGCAUCGUGCUGGUCCUGGGCCUGCAGGCCGUGCUCUUCUUCCUCUACAAGUUCUGCAAGUCCAAGGACCGCAACUACCACACCCUCUGAAGGACCCACACCACCCCCUCCAACCACAACACCUACUCUGCC